AUGUCAUUUUCUCAAACAGUUAAAAUCUACGCGUCCAUAUUUGUGAAAGUUGGCGAGGACACAUACAAUGGGAAGGCCAACAAGGUAACCGUCAUCUCACUCCUUGGUGCUCUUGAAGGAUUGGCUGCAAUCAGCCACAUCUUGCUUCAAGACACCGUAGAAGGUGUUAACUACAUAUUACUUGAAAAUGGCUUAACAAAGUACAGUCCCAGCCAAGAUGUGGAUGCUCUUUACAGUGACUAUAAGAAGCAAAUGAGUGGUUUGAAACAGAAUAUCAUUAGGACGGCUUCAGCAGUUGAAGUCUGCAAGGUGUUGGACCCAACUCUUCGCGAUGCGGGAACAUGCACGAUAACAUUCGUUCUCUCUAUGCUUUGUUUCCGUGGGAAAGCACUGGCCCAAGCUCCAGGCUUAAAUACUCGCCCUGCCGAGGACGAUGGUUAGGCAUCCACCUGCCCCGGAGGACGCAACUAGUGUCUGGUGAGUUCGAUUUAUCAUUAGUUGAUCGAUGCUAUUCAGGAUAGCGUCAAGGGCCCUAUUCAUUGUGUAUGUAACCCUCACCCGGCGCUGUGCAGACUUUCAGUAAAAUUGCGACACGUGGACGAGUGUAGAUACAGCUGACUCCACGUCUCAGCGCUGGCUUGCGAUCGGACUCGGCUCCAUGCGGCAGCCGCGGCUGAUGGCUUGGCGCCUCGGCCUAAUCUCGUUCGUCUCCUCGUGCUCAACGUCGGUCAGCCGCCGCUCUCUCCUCUCCAAUUGCAGUUGCUACACCGUCGUCCACCCCCACCUGCAAGGCUGCAAUUGCUCUCGAUCGCUAUCCCUGUCUCAACUUUGCAACAUAAUCCCCCUCGCCGUCUGCCUCUCCCAUCAGAUCAUCAGUGCCAAAGAUGCAUUAGCUCGUUGUCUGCCUCGCCUGAUCCGAUGGUGCCGGACAUACAGCUGCUGGAUUCCAGCAAGGCGCAUGGGGCGUCCGUCAAGGAGAAGCGCGAUGUGAUUCCAAUUCUUCAUAAGGCAACUGCUUCUGCAGUUUUUUGUUUGUGCUGCUGGCCGCCGUUCACCUGCCUCCAAUUGAAUUAGAUCACACUAUAUAUGUCGCUACCUAGUAUUACUGUGGCACCGCGUGAUGGCGGCUGUCUCCUGUAGCUGUAAUUGCAGUGCUUUUCCAAAAUCCCAUCUAUGAUCAAACCCGCCGCGAAUUAACAAGCCCGUUUAGCUUGUGGGUGCGAGCUAACGCCAACCAGACUAAGAGCCGAGGACAUCUAUUGUGGCCUUGCGGCUGCAAGCGCUGGGGGCUCCAGCCAAUCGAAGUCAUGCCUCGUAAUAUUAGUGGAGAUCCGCACCGUACCAGGUAAGGACGGUCCGCACCUAAUUUUUUUUUCCGUUUACAUGCACAUGCCUUUCGUGGCUGCAAUCUUCUUAGGCCCUUUCCGUCCAAAAUUUUUUCAUCCAUCCCAUCAAAUCUUUGGACACA